AUGAAGUUAUAUAAUUUAUCCGUAAUUAUUGUAAUUAGUUCGUGUUGUUACUGUGUGGAUGUUGAUUACUAUGAUGAUGAAAAUGUGGAAGAAAAUAAAGAUCAUUUAAAUAUUAAUCAAACUGUUGAUCGUAGAUUUGGUAUCAAAGACGUAAGAGUAGUUCCAAACAUAACAAAUCCCGACAACAAUAAUGUAUCAGUAAAAUAUUCAGCAUACUCUACGUUGGGUACACAGAUUCAGUCAAUAUCUAAUGAAAAUCCCAUAGUACAAUAUUAUCAUUCACGAGCUAAAUCCAUUAAAAAUGAUUCUUUCGUACAAAAUUAUUCGAAUUCAGUGUCGAAAUUUAAUAUUUUCAAAGAUUAUGUGUACGUGUAUGAUGAUAAUGCUGAAUCGAAGGUUUUGCGGUAUGAUAAUGCGUCUAAGCUAUAUCAAAAACAAACGACCAUUAACAAGACUGAAGCUCAAAAAUUAAAAGAACAUGCUAUUAAAUUUUACAACCUAGGACCAGCAGCAGCAUCGGGUGUAUUAUACGAUAUCCCAAGGGAUAAUGAUGAAAAAGUAUGGUAUGUUCCGGAAAAUUAUCCCUGUUGGGAACUCCCGCUUUUGUACGGUGAAUUAGGACAGAGAAUGAAAACCGCUGAAGUUUUCUUGAUUUUCGGGGGACGUUUAAAAAAUGUUUUUGAUCCUGGUUAUAAUGACACCGUUUAUAAAACACCCAGCUCAUCGACCAACGAUUUACCCAAUCGCUGGUGUGGCGUGCUACCUUGUUAUGGAGACCACACUCUUUGUCUAUUUCCAGGCGAUAAUUUAUCAAAAUUAUGCGAGAAAGGAUAUAAUGUACAAGUCCCGUCUAUUUUAGAUCAAAUUGCUUUAGUUAACACGAUAAACUCGAUGAGAAACAGAGUUGCAAGUGGUGAAUCAGAUCGAUAUUCGCACUUGCCUCCGGCAGCCAACAUGAAAGAAAUCAAUUAUGAUUACGAUUUGCAAAAGAUCUCCGAAGCUUGGUUGCGUCAAUGUCUUCCGGGACCAGCACCUUGUUCCGCGCUCGAUGGUGAAACAGUAUCACAUCUUGAAUGUACUAAAUAUUCAGAUUAUUGCUGUUUAAGAAGCCAAUCUGCUUUUCGUUGUACACCUAAAAUGGAAUGUUUUGUAUCACCUAUUAUCGGAUGUCUUCAUGUAUGGUAUUGGAGUGCUGGAAAAAAUAUUAAACAAGCAGAUAUAAAAUGCGGUCGUACGUCUGUUAAAACCUUUAACACUGUUCAGUUACUUUGGGCUAAAACUUUAAAAAUAGGAUGUGCUUAUGGAGAAAGUAUCAAUGGAAAUAUCAGGGUGGUAUGCAAUUUUUCACCAGGAGCACCAUUCUUUUUAGAAACAGGGUUAUAUUGUGGAAUUAUUGAUCAUUCAAACAAAAUUUUGUCUGGUUCUUUCGCAAAGAAAAAAACCUUCUUAGCUUCUUUGCCAGUAUUUUGGGAUAGUAUAGAGCCGACUGAACGAGAUGUGUUUGAAAAAUCUGAACACAAUUUUUCUAGUAACAUUAAGGGUAUUGACAGCGUUAACACCAUAUGGGGUGUACAGAGUUUGAAUAAAAUAUACAACGAAGGCUGGGUGCGAAAAUAUCUAAGUGAACGAAGGAAUGGAACAAGAGGAAUGAUCGCACGUUUAGUAACCAAGUACACUUUUAUAGAUGAAAGCGAAGCGCGAUGUGAUACAAAUGAGUCAAUGUAUAUUGCGGGAAAGGCUGGUUCGCUUUGUAUGGAAAGAGGGCGGAGAUAUAUCAAUCUGUGUUACGAAUUUAGAGAUCCUACACCAGGAUAUAGAUCUCUGGCUGUAGCUGCUCCUAUAGCAUUGUUUACUCUUAUCCUCUAUGAUUUAUUUAGCGGUGUUGUUAGACAAUCUAAUUAG